AUGCAGCAACCCACGGAUUCGCAAUUCCCCUCCUCUACCCCAGGAUCGCUUCUGCCGCUGGACGAGGACACUAAGCUCUGCCUGUCGCUCAUCAACGCUCCGACCUCCACGGGCAACCUUACUCUUCCUGGUGCUAGCGCGGAGAGUACGACUACCCUCGUAGAGAAGCUCAAGCACAACUUCCUUCACCACAAUGUGUUCUUCGACGGGAAGAUCUUUCACAACCAUGCUAUGGACCAUAUCCUCGCCGUCUACGCGCUGGGCGGCUCUCCUGAGGCUAUCGAAGAAGCUUACAUCUCCCAUGACUACAACGAGGCCGUUCGUCCCAGCCCGCAUCGCAUCUCCGAUGACAACUUCAUGGAACACUUGGGCGACCCCGAUUACUUCUAUGCAUACACCGUCUACUUCUGCAAGGAACUCAAGAAGUCGUCGCCAACCGAAGUCUUGAACAAGUACAUCUUCGGACCCGCCUACAACUCCAACACGAACGCAGCGAAGGAGCAGCCUGCUAUGCUCGACCGUCUGCUCGCCGGCGUUCUUCAUCCCAUCAUCCACGUCGGUUAUGGUGUAGAAUACGGUAUCACGCAGCAAAUCGCGGACGGACUCUCGUAUACCGCUGUUCAUCCCGCAUACCAGAAAUCGAUACUGCCGGACGAGUUCUUCAACGCCGCGGAUCCACUACUACGGGGUCUUUCGUCGACCAAGCCAUCAGCAUCGCAGCCUCCAUUUCUGUCACUCCUUUCCGAGCUCUUAUCAGACCCAAGGCUGACGGCGGAGGCUCUGAAGCUUCCUCACGAGAACUACCCCGGUGGUCCGUCAUACGAAGCUGUACUCCGUUCCAACGCUGGCCAAGUGGUGAUGGAGCUCGUGAACAAGUGGUACGACUCGUGGAUCGUUGGCGUGAGCGACGAAGAACUGGAAGAUCGCCUUGAAGGCAUGGUUGAGGACGUUCUGUUAGGAGGUGCGGUGAUGUACGGGAUUGGGGGAUACGCCGCGAAAGGAGACCGAGUGUUCAACGCAGACUUCAUCACGAUGCACUUCGUCACUUCAGCGAACUUCAUUCCGUGCCUCUGCCUCCGGCCCGAGCAUACGCGCGCUCAGGCGCUGAAUCCUCCCCUUCCGCUCAGCUCGCGGCUUCUCCUGCUUCGUGCCUAUCUGUCCAGCACUAUGCUUUGGCUUCUCACGCGCCCGAGCCCACCCAUCGCUUCGAUUACAUCAGCGAUUCCGGCGUUCUACGCCGCUACCGACCCUCUUCUUGCGCUUGCGCCACCUUCCCACGCAUACGCUCCUGGUGCACCGCCGAAGCGCGAGUUCUUUGAUCACACUAGGCAGAAGACGAUGCCCGCGGGAUCGCGCGCUUGGCCGCGCGUCUUCAUCAAUGCCGCUGCUCACCCGAAUGAACAUCUCCCCAAGCUCGUGCGCGCUCUGGGUGCCGCGGAUACUUGGUACGGUCGGCGCGCGCGGGGAGAAUACGGCGGUACACUGGAAGGCUCAGAGCUUCUUGAUGGAACUGUGUUCAUACGAUGUGCUCUUCUGAGCAUGGAGCGCCUCGGGUGGGCUGUGGAGGAUGGGCCCAAGGUGUUGUGGGAUCGAGAUGGGUACAGGUCGGCCGCCGAGUGA